UCGAUUGUUAUCGAUAAAGCAACAUAUGUUCCUAUGCAUAACAGAACAUUUAACAUUGUGUUUAGAAACAGAGAAAGUAAACAAACUACUUGGAAAAUAUUACCAGGCAAAUACGCGUGGAAAAAAACAAUCGUAGAAAAAUGAAAGAGAAGUGCAGAGUUUGCUUAAAUAGACACCAAAACAUGGUCAAUAUUUUUGAAGAAAUUCCGCACCUUAAGAUUUGCAUAGCGGAUAUGAUUUCGGAAAAUAUGAUCCUUCCAGUUCAAAAAGAGGACUCACUUUCAGAAUACAUUUGUGCGCCUUGCUUGCAGGAUGCGCAAAACUCAUUCAGGAUAAAACAGCAGUUAACUUUCCAAUUCAAGGGGGAGAUUAUCGAGGAAGAUUCACCGGAUGAAAAACUUUACAAUGAAGAGAAUUGCACCACAAACGCACCGACUAGCUACGAAGAAAUUGACGAGUUCGAGUGCCAGGUGAAGAAUGAGCCAUUGGAAGACGACGUUGAAGAGGAGGUCGCCCAAAUAGAGCAAUAUAGUAGCCAUGUUAAAUUUGAGAGUUCUGAACGAAAAAUGGAAGAAGAAGAUCCCAUUAAUGACGCCUAUUUUUUAAACCUUCACAAACCAGAAGAUAAAAGUGGAAAAAAUUUCAUUUGCGACUUUUGUUCCAAAACUUUUCUCACUUUAGGUCAACUUAAAACGCACGUGCAAACACACAUUGGAAAUCGAAAUUACAAGUGCUUGCAUUGUUCUAAAUCCUUCCUCAAUAGUUCCAAUCUACUGGCACACACUCGAACUCACACUGGCGAGCGACCAUUCAAGUGCUCCAAAUGUCCAAAGACUUUCAUACAAAAAACUCAUUUAGUAAAUCACAAUCGCACUCACACCGGAGAACGUCCCUAUGAGUGCCCCCAAUGCGACAGGUCCUUUAUACAACCUGCUAAUCUUAACACGCAUAUCCAAAGUCACUGUAAGAAGUCGACAAUAAUGAGUUUUCGCCAGAAAAAUAUAGUUUCUAGCACAGAGAAAACAGUUUUUAAGUGUAGCCGCUGCACCGUGUCAUUCGACAAUCCAGAUGCUCUUCAAGACCACAUCCAAACCCACAACGCGUUGUUUGAGAAGGAAAUCUGUCAGAUGUCAGACCCAAUUUAUAAAAUCGAAGAGGAUAUUUUAAAAGGCGAUGAGAAAGUCGAUGAGCCAAAAAGAAACGGAAAUAGUAAGGAAGAACCUCCUUUCCAUAAAUGCCCUUUAUGCGCAAAGGUGUGCGAGCGCCGGUAUGACCUUAACUGCCACCUAAAGGAGCAUUUUGAGGAACCUCAAAAGUGCCCCCAAUGCCCAAAGUAUUUUCGUAUCAUUUUAAAAUUUAAAAAACACUUACAGACCCACGUGGAUCGAUCGUUCAAGUGUUCAUAUUGCCCUAAAGCCUUCAGGACUGAAGCACAGCUUAUGGAACACACGCGAUCCCACACUGGGGAACGUCCUAUGCGUAUUCACACCGAAGAGAAACCAUUCAAGUGCGACCAGUGUAUAGCAUCGUUUGCACAAUUAUACGAUCUAAGGGUGCACAUUCGCAGGCAUUACAAUACAGAAACCAAUCCCAAAACUUCAAGAACACUUCGACAGCAUGCUCACAAAAAGAAAAAUGCAUGUACGUAAUUGUUCUGAUUGCGCACCGAGUUUUCCUGGAAUCGUUUCUUAUAAAAACCACCUACUACUGUCUCAUUCCAAAGGAAAACAGUUAAAAAGCCUCGAAUCCGCACCUAAGGAAACUUCAGUCGAUGAGUAACAUGACUGCAGUCAUGAAAAACUACACUCAACAUAGAUUUUUAAAUGAUCAUCAUCCUAAAGUUCACUCCUUAGCCAGCUCUAAAAGGAACCCCCCACCCCAUUGCACUCACUGUUCAAAAACUUUUGUAAACAACCAAGCUCUUAUUUCAGAAUUCACACGGGCGAAAAGCCGUUUAUUUAUUCUCAUUGUUUCCAAAAACCUUCGCAAGAAAAAAUGAUUGCACAAAGCACAUUCUAAGUCAACAUGGAAGAAUCGAAGAGUUUUAAACAUUAUCUGGUUUUUGAACUAACUAACUAACUCCUUAACGACAUAACUUUUUAAAAAGUUAAAAUAAAGUUACAUUGGUCUCUAUACUUUAAAA